AAGGCCUCGUCGGCCGAUGCUGGCAAGGAGCCAGCUCGAAAAGGCCGGUCAGACAUGGUCCAUCCUUCCAACGUCCAUCAGCUUCGGGCUGCCAGCCAGACUGGAGUAUCUAUAAGAAGACGAGGUUUUCCCUCCCUUUGAGGAGGAAAUCAGCACAAGCCAGCCAGCCAUAACAGCUACAGAGUCAAGGUUCACUUCCUGAGUUCAGAACACAUACACCUGAUCUAUCCAUCCAUCCACCAGUCAACAUGAAGUUCCUCGCUCUCACAGCUGCCCUGGCCGCCAUGGCCGUCGCCCUUCCCAUCGAAGACUCCUUCACCGCUGUCGAGAUCCGCAACGCGGACCUCGAGCUCGAGACCGUCCAGCUCGAGACCCGUCAGUCCACCACCAGGAACGACCUGCAGAGUGGCUCCGCCUCCUCCUGCCCCGACGCCAUCCUCAUCUUCGCCCGCGGCUCCACCGAGCCCGGCAACAUGGGCCUCUCCGCCGGGCCCAUCCUCGCGUCCGCCCUCGAGCGUCAGAUCGGCAACAUCUGGAUCCAGGGCGUCGGCGGUCCUUACAACGCCGGCCUGUCCCCCAACUUCCUCCCCGCCGGUACCAACCGCGCCUCCAUCGACGAGGCCAAGCGUCUCUUCCAGCUCGCCCACUCCAAGUGCCCCAACACCCCCGUCGUCACCGGCGGCUACUCCCAGGGCACCGCCGUCGUCGGCAACGCCCUGACCGAGCUCACCGGCGCCGUCCAGGACCAGGUCGUCGGUGCCGUCCUCUUUGGCUACACCAAGAACCUCCAGAACCGCGGCCGCAUCCCCAACUACCCGACCGACCGCACCAAGGUCUACUGCGCCUUCACCGACGCCGUCUGCUGUGGCUCCCUGUUUAUUCUACCCGCGCACUUUUCGUACAACGACGAGGCCGCGUUCGAGGCGCCCAGGUUCCUGACCAGCCAGAUCAACGCUGCCUGAGCGAUGUGGCAAGACGCAAGGGGCCACUGGUGUUCGCAGGGCGACAUCAGGAAGACCGGACCGAUGGGAUUGCGCGCAAAAGGAGCGGGGAGACGGGAUCUGUCGCUGUUUUCUUUCUUUCUUGGCCAUUCUUUACCGUAUAUA